UACACUAAUAACCGCGACAAAAACGAAGAACAUGUGAAACUUCCUACAUUCAUUGCCUUAACGAACCCACAACAAAACUGAAACUGAAUCCAAAACACUUGUUUUGUGUUCACUCCUUAACUCUUUACACACAAAGCCGAAAUAAUAUUUCUGGGUCAGUUUGGUUUCUUAGUAUUCAUUUGGAUCAUAAAUAAAAAUGGAGACCCCGGUUGAAGUUAAACCUACUCUUAUUGCGUCGGGGUUCUUAGAAGACUUGUCUGAGACUUGCAAGAUGGGUUCUCCAAAUGGAAGACCAAUGCAUAAAUCUGAUGAUGAAGUUCCUUUUGGCUCCGAAGUAGAUUUUCACUCGUCAGAAUCUAUACUGGUGGAUGUCCAUGGAUCACGUGCUGGAGAAUCUCAAAGUGCUCGUGGUAAAAUGUUGGGGGUUGCUAUUUACAGGAGCAUACAAAUUGUAGUUUUCUCUAACAGGCUCAACUUGCUUAUGCCUUUUGGGCCUCUUGCAAUUCUUGUACAGAAAUUGACUGGUCAUCAUGGAUGGGUCUUUGCUAUGAGUUUAUUGGGUAUUAUGCCUCUGGCGGAGCGUUUAGGUUAUGCUACAGAGCAGCUGGCAUUUUUCACUGGAGAUACUGUUGGGGGCCUUUUAAAUGCUACAUUUGGAAAUGCAACAGAAUUAAUCAUCUCAAUAUAUGCACUGAAAAGUGGAAUGACUCGGGUUGUCCAGCUCUCGUUGUUGGGUUCUAUUUUGUCGAAUAUGUUGCUGGUACUUGGAUGUGCAUUCUUAAGUGGUGGGAUUGUUUUUCAUAAGAAGGAACAAGUGUUUAACAAGGCAACUGCUGCUGUAAACUCAGGAUUAUUGCUGAUGGCAGUCAUGGGCAUACUUUUUCCUGCUGUUCUACACUACACACACACUGAGGUUCAUGUUGGGAAGUCAGAGUUAUUACUUUCAAGAUUCAGCAGCUGUGUCAUGCUUGUGGCCUAUGCUGCAUACCUAUUUUUUCAGUUAAAAGGUCAAAGAAGUCAUUACAUGUCUGUGAAUGAGCAAGAGGGUCAGAAUGGGAGCAAUUCAAAUGAUGAUGAAUCUCCAGAUAUUUCUAAGUGGGAAUCAAUAAUUUGGCUUUUGGUUAUGACUUCUUGGAUAUCAAUCUUGUCAGAAUAUUUGGUUGGCGCUUUAGAGGGAGCUUCCACUGCAUGGAAUAUUCCAGUGACAUUUAUUAGUGUAAUAUUGCUUCCACUAGUGGGGAAUGCAGCUGAACAUGCCAGUGCUAUAAUGUUUGCCAUGAAAGAUAAACUUGACAUUUCCUUAGGAGUAGCAAUAGGGUCAUCCACGCAGAUAUCUAUGUUUGUGAUACCAUUUUGUGUUGUUAUUGGCUGGAUAACGGGGCACCCUAUGGACUUAAACUUUCAACUUUUCGAGACUGCAGCACUAUUUCUAACUGUUAUAGUUGUAGCCUUCAUGUUACAGGAAGGAACUGCAAAUUACUUCAAAGGGCUAAUGCUUGUUCUUUGCUAUCUGAUAGUAGCAGCUAGCUUCUAUGUACAUGUAGAUUCCUCUCAAUAGGUUAAGAUUUUCCGAUUGAAAUUAACUUCCACAUUACCUUUUGUUUCUCUGGUAAAUUUAAUUUUCUGAAAUGUGGUUGUGAAUAUUGUUGUGUUUCCCUGAUGCAAAUGUGAGGAAUUACUUUGUUCUUGUUCUUAUACGUGCUAGAAUAUGGAGAAAUGUAAAUUUGAGAUGACAUGUUCAAUCGUUGCAAGUUCAUUAAAUUAUAGUACAAUUGGAGAAAUUCAGGGUACACACAUGAAUCUAAAGUGGUAUUAUCUUAGGUCUCACAUGCAUGUACAUGUGUGUACACAUGAAUUUUUUCAAUCAUUACAUUAUAUUGUUGAGAUGCCAUCAGUGAUCAUACCUGGAAAUUAUCUUGAAGAGCAUGCCAGCCACGAGUCUUUGUGGUAAAUUUGAGAGAUCUCUUUUCACUUUUGAGGCUCCACAAGCAUUACAAGAUAAUUCAAACAUGUUACAUUUUAAUGUAGUGGGUUCCAAGAACAACUUUAUGUAAAUUUUAUAAUGCCUAGCAUGUAUGAUAAUUGCAGCUCUACAAUAUGAUGGUUUGCAAUGGAACAAGGUAAUGUUGUCAUGGCCUAUGCAAAUAUUAACAAUGAUUGAAAAUCUGUUGUUAAGCAUGGAAUUCUGUGGCAAUUGCUCCUAAACUACUGUUUAGAUGUGAGUUGUUUGAAAGGUAAAUGUAGAAAAUUUCAUUCAAAUUGUAGUUCAGAAUUGCUUCUUUUGUUUCCUUAAAUUGGAGUCUUCAAUUUGUGUUCCUGUCCUUGACUUAACCGCUCAUUCAUUUCUGUCUUAUAAUUUUAAAAAUAAAUAAAUUAUAUUUCUAUU